GGGCAUAUGAGUCUAUACCAACCAUCAUUGGAUGUGGUGUAGAUAAAGUAAACGAUCAUGCCGUACCACGAAUGCUGAGGUGGGUGUGCCAACAAUCACCAAAGUCCCAAACUAUAAGCCAGGUGUUUGACUCGCCAAUGUUUAUAAUUAAGGCGGUCAUUGAGAUGACACUUGAAGAGGAGCAAUUGAAAAUUGCUUCAGGUGAACUUUUUGAAAACUUCCGCUCAUCUACCAUUAUUCAGUCGAAGAAUGGUGGUUCAAAAAGAGUACGAGAAGUUGUUAACGAUGAAGAUGAGUUCAAAAAGAGUAAGAAACAGAAGUCCAAGAUUAAGAUGAAAAAGGCUAUUCGAAAUCUCCAAGAUCGAGUAGCGGUUGUUGAAGGGCAACUUAAUACUAUAAAAUCUGAUAUUGACGAAUUGAAGGGCCUGAUGUCAACCAUAUUGAAGCACAUUGGACUUCAAAGAAAGGGUGACGAAGGGGACCACAAGGUGUCCGAAGGCUUAGUAGAUCAUACAUUAGAAAGUAAAGAUGUGGAUAAUGCUAAGACCGAAGAUGUUGACACAGGCGGUACCCCUAAUUGGUUGAGGAUGCCAAAGGAGGAUGAACACAUUGAAGUUAAAAAGAAGGGUGACGAAGAUGUGUUGGAGAAGAAGGUUGAUAUUGGUUUAGAGGAGCCAAUAGAUGUCGUUGACGAUGAGGACGUCAUAGAGAUAGAACCAUUUCUCACUCAACGACCACACGUUCGGCCCGCCCGUAGGAAGCGUGCAAGUGUUUACCUAUCAACCCCAUUCACAACUCUACCUAAACGGUCUCUGACAUCAACCACCAGCACCUCUGAGUCUGAAGCAAUUGUUUAUGAUCCUAUGCACAAAAUACUUGACGUCCAUUUAGAUAGACUUCGAGCUUGGAUUACAGACAAGCGUACAGACGAUGAGCUGCGUGAAACCUUUCAUGGGAAAAAAUCGAAGGCUUUUUUCAGAGACUUGUUUAUGUGUCGCCGGUGGUUGUCGGAUGAGCAUUUGGAUGCACUUUUUCUUUUCAUUCGCUUGAAGAUUAAGGCAGCCGGGAUACCUUCUUCUCAGAACUUCACAACUAUAUCGUCUAAUGGACAAAUCAUGGAUGAUGAGAACAGGAUGUCCAGGGAGUAUGAAUUGAAAGUGGAAGCGUUCAUUCAAUUUGGUUUUCGUAAUGACAAAGGUUUCACUACUCUAUUAAGUGCCCAUGUUUGA